AUGCCAGGCGAUAUAGUAAUCAUCAGCGAUACGGAAGAUAUUUCAGAUGAAGAAAUAGCUUUUGUAGGUAUUACUCAACCCAAGGUUAGAGUAUCGCAGAGUGCCUCUGGAUCUGGAUCAAGCUCGUCAAGACUAUUUCCACCUGUCCGUAGAACACUCAUACCAAAAUCAAUACCGAUCUUCAUCGACUCAGAUAACGAAGAUGAUGAUGAAGAAGAUGGAGAACAAGAUAUAUUCGCUUUCCUAUCCACUUCUACUACUACCACUACCACCACCACCACCACCACUACGACAAACACAGCAGCUUCAUCGUCCAAUACGAAAACAUCUGCACCUAUCCCAAUCAUCCGAACGAGAAAUGUCAACGUAGAUCGAAAUGGAAAAGCGAAAGGAGAAGGAAAAGAAUCAACAAGAAAUAUCGAAAUGGAAGUUGUUAAUGUAGAUCUGAUCAAGACAAUAGAAAGAACUGAUAGUGGUAUCUUAUCAAAGAUUGACGCUAUUACCAAUUCCAAUAUCCAUAUUGAUCCUCCAACUUCAAGGGAAGAUACUCUUCCAGAUGAAAGUGAAUCCACUCCGGCUGAGAUCGAAAAGAAGAAAUCCAAGAAACGUAAAUCAUCCACUGUCAACGUUGACACCAAUGCCAAUGCCGAUACCACUACAAUAUCAGAUAAACGUCAGAAACCAUCUUCAGAAGAAACCGAAUCAAUCCCAAUCCCAAUCGCAAAAGCCAAAUUAAGUAAAGAAGAAAAAGAGGCUUUGAAAGCUAAAGAGAAAGCUGAUAAGCAAUUGCAGAAGGAUACACAAAAAGCUGCGAAAGAAGCUGAGAAGUCGUAUCAAAGGAAAUUGGCUGAAGUGAAUAGACUUCGAGUAAGCAAAAACGAUACAGUUCGAGAAAUCCAUUUAUACCUUUCGAAAGAUUUGGAGUAUCCUACAUCACCUAUAUCAGGUGCAUUACCAGAAAUUAAAAAGAGAAUUACAGAUAACUUCUCUGAACUUCACUUCUUUAAUGAAGAAUCAUCACUAAUUCCAGGAGUCAUUCGAUUCAAAAGACAUUUGAAAGCAAGAUAUGAUUCAAACAAAAAGCAGUUCAUACCGUUGGAUAUACCAAAAUGGAUUUGGGAAACAACGACUUUGAUCAUCAUGAACGCUGAAGAAAUUAUUGAUAAGAUAACUUCUUCCGAAGUUGACGGCGAGAAUGAUCGGAAAGAUGAAUUGAUCAACUGGGCAAAAGACAUCAGAUUAACUCUCCAAUUGAAAAAGGAAGAUCAAAUCAUUAUAAUGAUAAAAGGAUUGAAUAAAUAUUAUAGUAAAUCAAAAUCAUUAGCCAAUAAAGAAUUCACUGCCUUAGCCAGAGCAGGAUUAAAUGGGAAUGGGACUUCUACUACACAAGGUCGAACUACUUCAUCUUCAGGAAUCUUAUCGAGACCGGGUAAAGAUAGAGUAGAGAUGGAAUUGGUGAGAUUGCAAGUCAAUCAAGGGUGUUUCUUGGUCCACGUGGAGAAGACUGAAGAUAUAGAAGAUUGGGUAUAUAAUCUAGCGGCUGAUAUUGCCAUACGACCCUACAAACUAAUAUCCAAAUCACACUUGAAUUUCUGUCCAACGGAUGGAAUCAAGAAGGCUUCCAACCCGACCGAGACUUUCGAAUUGAUGCUACAAGAGGUACAAGGUAUAACACCUUCCGCAGCAAUGGGCAUAGCGAGUGAAUAUUCUACUUUCAAAGAACUGAUGGAAGCGUUUGAGAAAGCUGAAAGGAGAGGUGGGGUUGAUAAAGCAGAAGGUUUGUUACAGGACUGUGAGAUCAAAACCUUGAGAAAUGGUACGGCAAAUGGAAGAAAAUUGAACAAGGCAUUGGCCAAACGGGUUUAUAACGUAUUCAGAGGAGAAGACAGUCUCGCCCUAGCAUAA